GGGGCGGUACUUUUAACUCUUUUUAUGCCCUCCCCUUUGUGCCUCUUAACUUCCCAAGGUAAACGUUCACAUUUGCCUUUUAUCAUUGUUUCUUUGAUAGAAAAGUGCCUUUUAGGAGCAGCAACACCAGUCUAACCGUACUCUCUACGGGGCAGCUCAGCCUAUAGUCUAUCUAAUCUAAUCUUCUGCAAUUGACGCCCCGCGCCCUGAAAGCGCCGCGCCUGCAGUUCAAUGACACCUCAGCCCGGUCAGAUUGAUGUUACCGACGUUUGUCUUUUGGUGUAAUACAACAACCACAUUAUGUACCCGUAAGUAAUGAAGUUGCCCGGUCUGCCAAACGAAGACUAUUAGGAAGGAUUUGACGACGAGAAAGCGAAAAUGACGCUCAUUUGCCAUGUCUAAGACAGCGGUGAAGAAGCUGCACUGGCGUUCCAAGGUGCAGGACAGCUUCGUCCCCUUGCUAGGCUCGUCGGGGGAACUGGGGAUCGCCAUCGGUGGAGGAGCAGAUUAUGGAGAGUUUCCUUUUGUCACGUCGGCUCCCGGGGGCGGACUCACAGUGGGCGAUAUCAUCCUUGAAAUUGGGGGGACACCUGUAUUAGGGAUGACAUUAGGAGAUGUCCGUGGUGUUCUCAACUCCUGCCCCCAUCCUAUCCGCAUUAAAACUGUGUCACCAGGCUCCACAUUGUGCAAGGAUCUCAGGUUGUAUCUGAGUAAGUGCUUCACACCCGGCUCAGUGGACAGCCAGCUUCAGCAGGUCAUCCGAGAGAACCUCUACCUCCGCGCUGUACCUUGUACAACAAGGCAGCCCAGAGACGGGGAAAUCUCAGGGGUGGACUACAACUUUGUCUCCAUUGAGGAGUUCUUCUCCUUGGAGGAGUCAGGAGCACUGCUUGAGAGUGGCAAGUUCAAAGGGAAUUACUACGGCACACCUCGGCCUGUUCACAUCAGCGCAGACAGCCCCCCCAUCACCUACCAGGAACACCGCAACCUGCUCAGAAACUUCCGCACACGCAGCAAAUCGCUCAGCAACCUGGAGAAGGCUGCAGAGGACGGCGAAAACAGUGAGGACGACUCCGGCCUCUCAGGAGGCUCUGCGGGCAUCAGCGGCAGCAUCCUUCCUACCCACCGCUCCCCUGGUCGGCCCCGGGCGUACAGCAACGGCGGGGAUGGUUGUGCCAUAGAGAACGGGAUCAUUGGCAUCAGAAGUGGUGCCAGGGUGAGAGCUGUGAUGCCUGAUCACUGGGAGCAGGCCUUCAGUGACCCAGGAGACUCUCAUUACAUAGAUCGCAACCCAAAGAAGACCAGCUGGCAGAGUCCUCGAGCCUCAAGCAGGGAGACCGUCUAUAAAAAUGAAUGGUUCACAGACCAGCCUGUGGAGCUGCGGGGUUUCCCUGUGCACACACACUUGACCAAGGGCUCCAGAGGGUUCGGUUUCAAUAUCGUGGGGGGCAGCAGGCCAAGAGAGUUCCUCCAGGUCUACAGUGUGACUGCAAGUGGACCUUCAGCACUCAAGACAGCGGACCUCCUGGUGUACAUCAAUGACGUCUGUGUGUUGGGAGUGUCUCACAAAGAGGUGGUAGAGAUGCUCAAGUCUGUGCCUGUGGGCCACAGCGUGGAUGUCGAGGUUAGAAGAGGCUAUCCCAUGCUCUACAACCCUGACGGCUGUCCCAAGCAGCCCCCGCCAAGGCUACUGGACAGCGGGGACCCCAUCCUACCACCCACCACCACCCAGCCUCAGCCUAUUCACCAGCUGCCUCGCCUCCCAACACCCACUCCCCGUAUCCAGCAGCACUUUAACUUUAACGGGGUCCACAGUGACGGAAGCUACAUGGAACCAGGGGUGACUUUAGAUGCAAAUGGAAAUGCAAUGUCUUUCGCCAUCAGACAGCUGCCCUCAUACAGACGCUCCAGCAUGAGCAAUGCCGCCUCUUCGCCCCCCGUGCGCCCACCACGUUCCCUGAGAAGUUUAGCCAGGCUGCAGUCACUCGACCAAACCCUGGCCAGCCAGAGUGACAGUGAAGUUGUCUCUGCGAUCGGUUCGCACAGGGCAUCAAUGAUUCGUAAUCACAACAAUAACUCCCUCUCAGCACCCCCUCAUCCUUUACAUUACGGCACAUCCAAGUCAUCGGAGAGCGACCUGUCCACCUGCACCCUCUCGGGGUCACGGCUGCCCCUGCCUCAGUCGCCCAGGAGGCCGUCAUCCUCUCCCGGAGGCCCCCGCAGCGCUCACUCCCGCCUCUUUACACCGCAGACCUCGCACCUCAGACCCCCUCCCACCCCUGACAACCCCCAUCACCGCACCUUCAACGGUUUCCAUAGCAACACCAGCCCCACUGCAAGUCCCAGCAGUGUUUCCUCUCCUGGGGCGAUGAGUGUGGGCAGUGGACUUGGCAGCGGAGGGGAGCUGGUGCCGGUGGCCUUGGCCCAGAUUGAAGGAGACAGAGGCCUCGGCUUCAGCGUUUCGGCUGGCGGUCCGGGAGGCAGGAUGACUAUAGUGAAGAGAGUCUGGGACCGCAAGCAAUGCAACUCUCUGCAGCCAGGGGAUGCUAUUGUCAAAAUCAAUGGAGCUGAUGUCCAGAGUCUUAGCUUUGCACAGGUACAAACAGUCCUCCAAGAACACACCAAACAGGGAGAAGUCAUCUUAUUGGUUUACAGAGGAGGCGUCUGUCAUUCAGCCAUCUCCCCCGGCUCUAUUCGGAGACUUCCCCCGCCUCUUCUCCGCCCCCCUCCUCCACCUGUUGGCUCAGAUGACUCCAGUGUGCUCCCAGAAGCGCUGCCUAUGCCCCGCACUUCCAUCAGCACUCCUCCCUCCCCAGCCCCAACACAUUCCUCGCUGAUUCAGAGCACCAGUUUCCUGGAGUCGAUUCCGGUGACACUGACGAUGGAGCCCAAAGACUGGAUCAACACGGGCCUGGAGGAUGAGGCGGGUGGUGUCAUAGUGCCUGAUUCAGGUGCGGUGAGGCAGGGUGGUGAACGAACUCGGCCACUGCGAGGGUUUGAUGUGGAGCUCAGGAGAAAGCCGGGAGAGGGCUUUGGGUUCGUCAUUGCUUCUCAGGAUGUGGAGAAUGGCAAAGCUGCCUCUCUUCUCCCUCACCGGUUUGUGACGGUCCGUCGAGGCAGCCCAGCAGCCAAGAGUGGGCAGAUCCGGCCUGGAGAUCGACUGGAGGCGGUAGAAGGACACUCAGUGGUGACUCUGCCUCAUCGAGAACUUGCUCAGAUACUUCGCAGAGUUGGAAAUACUCUACGGCUCACCAUUGUCCCCCGUCCAAGCACCUACACUUCUAGCCUUUCAGAAGCAAAUGAAUAUGACCCCGGUCACAAAAGCAGAAAAGGUCAGAGGUCACGUCCAAAGCGUGACUCCAGGUAUUACAGUGUGGACCUGGAUCGUGGACCCUCAGGCUUCGGCUUCAGCCUCCGAGGGGGCAGUGAGUACAACAUGGGCCUCUACGUCCUGGGACUGAUGGAGGGGGGACCAGCCUCACGGAGCCAGAAAAUGCAGGUGAGCGAUCAGCUUGUGGAGAUCAAUGGCGACAGUACAGCAGGGAUGACGCACAGCCAGGCCGUCGAGCAGAUCCGCAGGGGAGGCCACCGCAUCCACCUGGUGCUCAAGAGAGGAAACGGCUACGUGCCUGACUAUGGCCGUGAGCACAGAAUCACCUCCCCCUCCCUCCUGCGUCACCCCAAGGAGCAGGGUUUGGCUGCAGUAGACUCCACUGGGCGGAGGGGGCGUAGCAGCUCUAAGCAGAGGAGGAGCAAGUCUUCAGAUGGACGCGAGAAAGGAAAAGGGACUGAAAGGAGGAGAAGAAGAAGACGGGCCUCAGAGGGAGAGGGACGCUCAGGUUUGCAAAGCCCUGUCUCUGAGCUGGGGGAGAGGUCUCGGGAAGCCAGGGACAGCAGCAGGAGGAGAAGGAGGAAAAGAGGGGCUCAGAGUUUACCCAGAGAUGCCCUCAGGAAUUAUGAUGAUAGUGACACAGAAAAAGGAACAGUGAGGGGAAGAAAAAGGGAGAGGGAGAGGAAGAGGAGGAGUAGAAGCAGACCGAGGAAAAGCAGGAGCGAGGAGAGGGUGGGGAAGGCAGAGGGCAAGGAAGAGCCUGAGGGACAGCAGGAGGUAGCUGCUGUUGAGGAGAAGGUGGAAGAGAAGGAUGAGGAGGUGGAGGUGGAGGAGAGAGUUAAUUUAGAGAGCGGAGCAAGUGAUGAGAAUAUUAUCCUACCCAUUCCAAGUCCAAACCAAAAGCUUCCCAGUCCCAAAGAAAACUGGGAGGCUUCGAAUGAUGAAAACUGGGACAUGGCAGCAGAUUACAGGGAACUGAGGAAAGAGAAGGAGCCGGAGAGCGAGCAGGAGCAGGAGAGGUCAUGGGAUGAUGACAGGGGUGAAAAUAAAGAGACGGCGCUGAAUGAGAAUGAGAAAGACGAGGAUGCACAGAACGGGCGCAUCAAGAGGCCUUUACCAAGCGUUGCUGUGAUGGAUCCAGUGUCACAGAGAAAGCCCUUCUCCUUCCUCACCUCCACACUGUCCGUGCAGCAGCUGGGAGACGAUGAGUCAGAUUCUGGAAACAGCCAGUCUGAUGGCAGCGUGUCUGCUGCCAGCAUCUCAGGCCUUUCUAUGGCAGGCGGGCGCAGGGCCGCGGUGCUGCCAGGCCCUUGGCUCACACCCAGCCAACAGAGGGUGGCACAGGAUGUAGAGGGGAACAGGCAAACAGGACAGGGGGGAGGGGGAAGCGCUGUCUCUUAACUUUUGACAGGAAGUAGAGAAUGCAGCAGCUGAAUGACACUGUAUCAGAUUCUGUCCAUCUCACACUGUUAGACCUCCACUUGUUUUCUGCAGCUACCCACACGACCAACAUUUUCUCUCAGUCACUUUGAUAUCUACAGUAGUAUGAAGUACAGUAGUAUGUGCCUUUUUACAGCUGACCUCUGGCUGACGUUAAAUGUCGAGAUCACAUUUUAACUUGUAAAUGACACCAACGUGGUAAAGUUAUGUGUUUUUCGCUGGUGAAACAACAACGACAUUGUCGUUUUUUUUCUGGGGCACUGUUGCCCUCAUUAUGUUGCACUUCUUUAUUCACGUUUGCAGCAUUUGUGAUAGAUAUUUCCAGGACCGCAAGGUAUUUCAGACACCUUCGUUUGACCCUCCUCCUAUCUCUCACUCACCUUUCUGCUUCUCUCUGGCUACUUCAGCACAGUGUCCUCUCUUAACUACCCCCCCCCAAUGUACAGAGACUUUCACUUAUACCUCAUGAAGAUACUGAGCAAUAAUAAUGCAACAGUCCAAGACUGUCAGCCAUUCAUAUCCACUGCACCACGUCGAUCUGGUCUGAGAGGAAACAGUGUAACGUGUUUGUACAAUAUCCUCUUUGUCUUAUGUGGACACUUGCCUCAACUUGUAAUGUUGUUCUAUAUAACUUAAUAUAUGAUUGUGAUAAUGCAAACCCCUUUUUGACAGCAGGUGUGAAAUAUAUAGUCUGUAAAUAUUUGUAGAGAAAUAAAUGACAGAACCUAUUGUAAAUACUAUACUAACUGGAGCCAAGCCCUGAUAUGUAUUGCUGUAUUGUAAUACAUCAUGAUAAGUCUCUAUAUAUAAAUAUAUGCAGUAUAUCUAUAUAUUACGUACAACAGCUACACAUUCAGAUUAUUUAUUAUUGUGUGAUGAGAAAUGACAUGAAAAUUGCUAUAUAGCUUUUGUGAAGGCUCAACGUGUAAACAGAUUAAGAACUAUAUUGUACCUGCCCUAUUCAUAAAUGAAUGUUUUGUAAUAUGCUGCUUGAGUGUGGAUUAGGAUGCUCUGUGUCGUACCCUACUUCAGAAGUCAGCAAAAGAUGCCAAAAAUAUGCAUUCAGCGUGCAUAUUUCAAGUACUGUUAAUAUGGUGUAUGUGCAGUCAGAACAAAAACCACUGUCUAGAUUCUAGAGAGUGCUGUGCCCAUCGUGCCACGUACAGUUGCCUUGGUAACAUAAACCACUUUAUCCUAACCACUGAUUUUCUUACUGUGAAAACCCUUGCUCCGAGGUCUCUAACAGGAGAGGUGGGCAGGCCGUUUAGUAAUUUCAGUCAUGCCAAAAAAAAAGAAAAAAAAAAGAAAGGCCCUUACUGUAAAUUCACAAAAAUAAAAAUCAUAAGCCUCUGCAGAAUCUGAGCUCAGUGUUGCGUCUGAGAUGAAGAAUAGCACAUAAUUUUGUUUUGCUCCAUUUUUUAAACAUUCUGUUAUGGGGGAAAAAAACAGGAGCCAAGCUGAAUGGAUACUGUGAGAUGUUAUUUUUCUAUGAAAUAAUCUUUUUUGAAAUACUCAGGUUUUCAGAUACUUUGCUCUAGAUAAGCCAUGAGGAGGAAAAGUUACAGAGUGAUUUCACGUCAUGUUCAAAAUGCAGAGUAGGAUUCAUAUUAUUUCGAUAUUAAAGCAACGUUACGUUGAUCCUUUACGGCAGCAUUUGGAGACGCAGACUGUUAAAGCUUUUUUGUUACCAGCCCAUAAUUAUGUAAAGGUUGAUGCUGUAAGCCAUUCCUUCAUGUGUGCCCACCAUUCACAAACCACAGGAAUAAAAUGAACUGCUUGCUGUGCCCUGUCCAUUUGUUUGCAUCACUGUGCUGUCCAGAAGUGGUGGUACGGUGACCAAACCAAUGCACUGCAUUCCCCAACCAGUGACCAUACAGAGUAGCUUGGUAGCCUAUAUGUACGACUUAUUUUAUAACGUUUGCUAAUGUUCUUUUUUUAGACUUUCAUUUCCUACGGGGGGAUUAUGUGGCUGAACUGUAAACACGUUCUAAUAAAACUACAAAUAAACUGCUGAACCAAUUUC